AUGUCUCCGACCCUCAACUUCAGACCUCAUGAGCGGUUCUGGUUCGACGAUGGGAACAUCAUCCUCGUCGCUCGAGAUGUGGGGUUCAAGAUCUAUCGAGGUCUCCUUGCUAUAAACUCCACCGUAUUCUCAGAUAUGCUUGCGUCGUCGAAGGAGCCACAGUACUCCUUCGACCAGGUCUCCGCACUCGUUCGUCUUGCUCACAAGUAUGGCGUGCAGGACGUUCUCGACAGAUCUCUCCGCGCUCUCCAGGACGCUCGUUACACCAAGGAUUUCUCUCGAUACCUGGAGCUCGAAUUAGAUCCUACGGAGUGCGAUGUGAAGAUCUCACCUGUCCAUGCGAUUGGUGCCGUCAAUCUCGCCCAACUGACACAAACCUCCGCACUCUUACCCCUUGCGCUAUACGAUUGCUGUCAAUACGGAGGAGACGUCCUUGACGGGUGGAGACGGGACGAUGGCGAAGUGGAAUACCUGUCUAGAGAAGACUAG